GUCUCGUCACGGUCCGCCUGCUGCUGUUCUGCACUUAUUCUGGACACUGCAACAGGUCAGCAGAGAGUCGCUGUCCUGCAACACAUCGGAUAUGUUGGACGGAAUCAAAAUUGAAGAUCAGUUGAGAGCAGGAGCAGAGACUCUGGGAGUGAUGCUGGGUUCAGACUGUGUCCAUCAGAGUGUGUGUGAAGGGUGUCACAGACCGAUCUCGGAUCGCUUCCUCCUGCGCGUGAACGACAGCUCGUGGCACGAGGAGUGUCUGCAGUGCUCGGUGUGUCAGCAGCUCCUCACCAUGAGCUGCUACUCCAGAGACCACAAACUCUACUGCAAACACGACUACCAACAGUUGUUUGCAGCCAAAUGCAGCGGCUGUCUGGAGAAGAUCGCUCCCAGUGAGUUUGUGAUGCGCGCACUAGGAAGUGUGUAUCAUCUAGGCUGCUUCUGCUGCUGUGUGUGCGAGCGACAGCUGUGUAAAGGAGACGAGUUCGUCCUGAAGGAAGGACAACUGCUGUGCAAGAACGACUAUGAGAAGGAGAAGGACUUACUGCACUCGGUCAGCCCAGACAUGUCUGACUCCGACAAAAGUGAGGAAGAAGAUCUGGAUUUGAAGCCUGAGAAAGGAGCAGGAGGUCAGGGCAAAGGAGCCGAUGACGGCAAAGACCCACGCAGACCCAAGAGACCUCGCACCAUCCUCACCACCCAGCAGCGGCGCGCGUUCAAGGCCUCCUUUGAGGUGUCGUCUAAACCAUGCCGAAAGGUCAGAGAGACGUUGGCAGCUGAAACCGGUCUAAGUGUUAGAGUCGUUCAGGUGUGGUUUCAGAACCAAAGAGCAAAGAUGAAGAAAUUAGCACGCCGACAACAGCAGCAACAAGAGCAGCAAAACUCUCAGAGACUCGGACAAGAUGUGAUCUCAAGCCGAAUGGAGAAUCUGAUGAACUCUUAUACGCCACUGGCUCCGCCUCCACAACAUCAAUUAGUCUCCAUGGAGACCAACGGAUACAGCACAGACCCGUUCCAGCAUGGUCUGACCCCUCCGCAGAUGCCCGGAGAUCACAUGAAUCCAUACGGAAACGACUCGAUUUUCCACGACAUCGACAGCGACACGUCUCUGACCAGUCUGAGCGACUGCUUCAUGGCUGCGGCAGAAGCCGGAUCCCUUCAGACCCGCGUGGGAAACCCCAUCGACCGCCUCUACUCCAUGCAGAGCUCCUACUUCGCCUCCUGAAACCAAAUCCUGAGACUAAACACCCACAAGAACUACCUAAUGUCCAUGUCUGCAAAACCAGCCUGACGUACGGCAGCAAACCUCCAGUAUAAGGCCAACUUGAAUCUCAAGGCUGUAAGGACAAGAAACCAAAUCUAACCAAACGACUCACAUUACAGAUGAAACCAGAUCUUGGCUUUGUGCUGUAGAAGACAUGCUGAGGAGGUCUUGAAUUGAACCAGGUUCAAAGAUGUGCUGGCCAAGUGUAUGUGAAAAUGGGAUGAGAAGGUUUUCAUCUAGACUUUGUAGAAAAAAUCUUAACCAAACAUUUCUAGAAGAGCUGCUGGACAUUUACUGCAGUAUAUUGAACCUACAAAACAACUUUAGACCGUAAAUAGACAAAUGCAAUACAUGCAAAAAGUUGGAAACACUGCAUACGUUACAACAAAUGUUGUUUUUUUAUCAGCAUGAAUAUGGAUUUCAAAUGUUUUGAAAUAAACUCAAGCCGAAACAGCUGUGUGUUGACAAGAACGACUAGCUAUUUAUUACGUACAUGUGCCAAGUAAACCUGCAAAGCUUUAUUUAAAACAAACUGUGUUAGAGUAAGUACCAUAAACAUUUUUAUGUAAGUUCCUGGAAGAGAGUGUAGUAUUACUGUUGAUGUUUAAAGAUGUAUAUGUUUAUUUCGCUGUGCUAUUUAUUUGUCAUUUGCAUUCUUGGAUGUUGUAGAGGAUGCAUUUUUUCCUCAAACUUGCUAAAUUUACCAAAGUUUGUUGGUACUAAAAGAAAUAAUUAAAAAAAUGUU